AUGCGUCCAAAUUCAGUGCUUCGCGUGGCGCUUGGCAGCCUCUGUACAGUCCCAAUACCUAUCAGCCACUCACCAGCGCAACGCCCCAAGUACCAUGCUCGCGGAACGAGAUGCCGUGCCUUCGGACGAGGCUCGGGCCGAGCCUCGUCCUUGGUUCUGUUCACCCAGCUUCUCCUCCUCGUUUCACUCUCCCUCUGUACAAACCUCCGAAGCUCGCUUGCAUCUGCCACCGGCUGCCAAACACACAAUAUUUCCCUGUCCGAUCCCAAAUUAUUAGGCGGAAAAGGCAUAGGCGUCAAUGUUGCUGGUGCAUCAGAGACGGAAGAUGUGCCUGAGUGGAUCGGGAAAAGGCGAUCGCUGUUCCGCUGGUGGGCGGGGUCAAAGAAUCCAAAACAGGUGCACAUAGCCCUGGCCGGUCCCAACAGCAUCAGAGUCAUGUGGUCUACGUCUCGCCGUGGUACGCCAUCAUUGGUGGAAUUCGGGUUAACUUCUGGGCAGUACACCAGCAAGGUGAAGGGGAAGUCUUCCAGCUACACCUUCCUGACCUAUUCGUCGGACCAGCUGCACAGUGCAGUGCUGUCGGGCCUACAACCCCAAACCACCUACUACUACCGCAUUGCAGGGGAGGGGCCAGAACGGUCCUUUGUAACGCCGCCCACGGAUGCUGCUGCUGACGUCAGCAUCGCUGUUGUUGGUGACAUUGGUCUAUCCAAGGCAGCCCGCACAACCAUCACCCGUCUUUCCCAGCAGCCCCACUCCCUCACCCUCGUCCCGGGGGAUCUCUCCUACGCCAACGGCUUCCAAUCCGUGUGGGACAGGUGGCAGAACCUGGUUGAACCAGACGCCAGCACACACCCCUGGAUGGUCGUUCCGGGAAACCACGAAGCCGAGGCACUUAGCGCGAUCAGCCCAAAGGGGUUCGAGUGGCCCACGUUUCUUAAGCGAUCCGCUUUGCUAAACGGCGGCGCGUUCCGGGCGUAUAAGAAGCGGUGGCAGAUGCCUUCUGCUGCUAGCGGGUCGCCUUCUAAGCUGUAUUAUUCGUUUGAAGUGGGAGGGGCGCAUAUCAUCGUGCUCUCCUGCUACUCGCCCUUCGGCCCUGACUCCAAGCAGUUUGACUGGCUGCAGAAGGACCUAUCAAGCGUGGAUCGGACCAAAACACCCUGGCUCAUAGCAUCCUUGCACGAGCCCUGGUAUCACUCCAACAGCGACCACCAGAGAGACGGACAAGCUAUGAGGGAGACGCUGGAAGAGACGCUGUACGCCGCCCGGGUUGACAUGCUGAUCACUGGUCACGUGCAUGCAUACGAGCGAACGACCCGCGUGUACAACGGUCAGGAGGACCCCUGUGGGAUCAUGCACAUCACUGUUGGGAGUGGCGGGAAGGACUUAUACCCAAGCUUUGUCUCCCCCAGGCCUGCGUGGUCUGCCUUCAGAGCAGCUUCCUUUGGCUUUGCCCUAUUCAAGAUCGAUGGCAGUGCAGCAGGAGAGGCGGACUGGGUGUGGCACCGCAAUGACGAUUCCCCAUCUGUUGCUGCUGACUCGGCUCGCCUAGUCAGCCUUGCCAGCAGCUCUGCUCCUGCUGAGUGCCGGCCCUUGUGA